AUGCAACAACCCGAAGAAGGCGCCGCCGCCGUCGAAAAGGUGCCAGACGAAGUCGCGACAGACCCUGCCACAGAGAAACACGACGACACCAACUCAAGCAAUUUUUCGAAACCUCAAAAUGCUGCCAAAGCCCUCGACAUCAGCGACGACGCGCUCUUCGCCCACCUCCCCGACCACGAAAAGACAAUCCUAAAACUCCAGCUCGAUGCACCCGCCGCCAAAAUCUCCUUCUUCGGCCUCUACCGCUAUGCCUCGCGAAUGGAUAUGCUCAUCCUGUUCGUCAGCGCUAUCUGCGCCAUUGCGGCCGGUGCCGCCUUGCCUCUCUUUACGAUUCUCUUUGGGUCCCUCACGACGGCCUUUAAGAAUAUUUCACAGGGCAUGAUGGAUUAUGACAGCUUCUACCAUGAGCUCUGCAAGAAUGUGCUGUAUUUUGUGUACCUGGGUAUCGCGGAGUUUGUGACUGUCUACGUCAGUACCAUCGGCUUCAUUUAUACCGGUGAACACGUUACGCAGAAAAUCCGCGAGCAUUACCUUGAGGCUAUCCUGCGACAGAAUAUUGCGUAUUUUGAUAAAUUGGGCGCUGGUGAGGUUACGACGCGCAUCACGGCUGAUACCAAUCUUAUUCAGGAUGGGAUUUCCGAGAAGGUGGGAUUGACCCUCACGGCUAUCGCUACAUUUGUCACGGCUUUUAUUGUCGCAUAUGUCAAGUAUGCGCGGCUGGCUGGUAUUUGUACCUCGACCAUUGUUGCGCUUGUCCUGGUCAUGGGCGGUGGAUCUAGGUUCAUUAUCAAGUAUAGCAAACUCUCGCUCGAGAGUUAUGGUGCUGGUGGGACUGUCGCCGAAGAGGUGAUCAGUUCCAUCCGCAAUGCGACGGCAUUCGGGACGCAGGAUAAACUGGCCAAGCAGUAUGAAACGCACCUCAAGCUGGCUGAGCGCUGGGGAAUGCGUCUGCAGAUGGCGCUGGGUGUGAUGGUCGGUGCGAUGUUCGGCGUCAUGUUCCUCAACUAUGGUCUGGGAUUCUGGAUGGGAUCCCGGUAUCUUGUGGCCGGCGAUGUCAAUGUCGGCCAGGUCCUGACUAUUCUCAUGGCUAUCUUGAUUGGAUCGUUCAGUCUGGGUAAUGUCAGCCCGAACGGUCAGGCAUUUACGAAUGCCGUUGCGGCCGCUGCGAAGAUUUUUGGGACGAUUGAUCGCGUUUCGCCGGUUGAUCCUACCGUCGACGACGGAAAGACUCUCGACCAUGUCGAUGGUGACAUUGAAUUCCGCAAUGUCAAGCAUAUCUACCCCUCCCGUCCUGAGGUAACGGUUAUGCAGGAUGUCUCGUUGAAGAUCCCCGCUGGCAAGACAACUGCCCUUGUUGGACCUUCUGGGUCUGGUAAGAGUACUGUUGUCGGACUGGUUGAGCGGUUUUAUCUGCCUGUCGGCGGUAAUGUCUACCUGGAUGGCCACGAUAUCCAAGAUCUCAACCUGCGCUGGCUGCGGCAGCAGAUUUCGCUUGUGAGUCAAGAGCCUGUGCUUUUCGGUACGACCAUCUACGAGAAUAUCCGACACGGUCUGAUCGGAACCCGAUUCGAGAGCGAAUCGACCGAAAAGAUUCGUCAAUUGAUCGAGGACGCGGCCAAGAUGGCGAAUGCGCACGACUUCAUCAUGGCGUUGCCAGAGGCGUACGAGACGAAUGUUGGUCAGCGCGGCUUCUUGCUCUCUGGUGGCCAGAAGCAGCGUAUUGCCAUUGCGCGUGCGGUUGUGUCAGACCCCAAAAUCUUGCUUCUGGACGAGGCGACUUCAGCUUUGGACACCAAGUCUGAGGGCGUUGUGCAGGCUGCUCUGGACCGUGCUGCUGAAGGUCGGACUACCAUUGUCAUUGCGCAUCGUUUGUCGACUAUCAAGACGGCACAUAACAUCGUUGUCUUUGUUAAUGGUCAGAUUGUGGAACAGGGGACUCACGAUAACCUGCUCGAACGCGAUGGUCCCUACUCCAAGCUCGUCGAGGCGCAGCGUAUCAAUGAGGAGAAGGAGGCUGAUGCGCUGGCUGAUGCAGACGAGGACUCGGACGAGGCGUUCGAGAAAGAGCAGAUUGCCCGCGUCAAGUCGUAUGCCAGUGGCGCGUCCAGCCGCAGGAUCAAAGACGAGGAGGCUCUCGUCGGCGCAGGCGACGACCUGAUCCAACGCGCGGAUACCCGCAAAUCUGUAUCGAGCAUGGUACUCUCCAAGCGCACGACCGAAGGAACCCGCAAAUACUCCCUCUGGACCCUGAUCAAAUUCAUCGCCGGCUUCAAUAAGACCGAGUGGAAGUGGCUUGUGCUAGGUCUAAUCUUCUCCAUCCUCGGCGGCGGCGGCCAACCCACCCAAGCCUUCCUCUACGCCAAAGCCAUCACCGCCCUCUCCCGUCCAGAAAGCCAGUACGCCCAGCUUCGCUCCGACGCCAAUUUUUGGUCCCUCAUGUUUUUGGUAGUUGGAAUAGCGCAAUUCAUCACCCUCUCCACCCACGGCAUCGCCUUCGCCUACUGCUCCGAGCGUCUGGUCUGCAAAGCCCGUGCAAAAGCCUUCCGCAUCAUGCUCCGCCAGGACAUCAACUUUUUCGAUAAAGAAGAAAACAGCACCGGUGCCCUGACUUCUUUCCUCUCCACCGAGACAAAACACCUCUCCGGCGUCAGCGGCCAAACCCUCGGCACGAUCCUCAUGACCUCCACCACCCUCAUCGCGGCCAUCGUCAUCUCCCUCUCUUUCGGCUGGAAACUGGCUCUUGUCUGCAUCUCUGUUGUCCCCGUCUUGCUGGGCUGCGGUUUCUACCGCUUCUACAUGCUCGCCGCCUUCCAGCGCCGCUCAAAGGCUGCAUACGAAGGCUCCGCCAGCUACGCCUGUGAAGCUACCUCCGCCAUCCGCACCGUCGCCUCGCUGACCCGCGAACAAGACGUCUGGGACGUGUAUCAUGGGCAAUUGGAAACGCAGGGCCGCGCUAGUUUGAUUUCGGUUUUCAAGUCCUCGCUUCUGUACGCCAUGUCGCAGGCCCUGGUGUUCUUCUGCGUCGCUCUGGGCUUCUGGUACGGCGGUACGUUGCUCGGCAAAGGCGAAUACAACACCUUCCAAUUCUUCGUCUGCUUCAGCGAGAUCCUAUUCGGCGCUCAGUCUGCCGGAACAGUCUUCUCUUUCUCGCCGGAUAUGGGGAAGGCGAAGAACGCGGCUUCGGAAUUCCGAAAGCUUUUCGACCGUCGUCCGACGAUCGAUACCUGGUCUGAGGAUGGAAAGACUCUCGAACAAUGCGACGGCACGAUCGAGUUCCGCGACGUCCACUUUAGAUACCCCACCCGUCCUGAACAGCCUGUUCUGCGCGGUCUGAAUUUGAGUGUUCAGCCGGGUCAGUAUAUUGCGCUUGUUGGGCCUAGUGGGUGCGGCAAGAGUACGACGAUUGCAUUGCUGGAACGCUUCUAUGAUGCCCUGGACGGGGGUCAUCUUGCGCUGGUUAGUCAGGAGCCGACUCUUUAUCAGGGAACCAUUAAGGAUAAUAUCUUGCUCGGCAUUGAGGCGGAUGAUGUUGAGGAAGAGGCGCUUAUUAAGGCUUGCCGCGAUGCGAAUAUUUAUGACUUUAUCAUGUCUCUCCCUGACGGCUUCAACACAAUAGUCGGCAGCAAAGGCGGCAUGCUAUCCGGCGGCCAAAAACAACGCGUCGCAAUCGCCCGCGCCCUCCUCCGCAACCCCAAAAUCCUGCUACUGGACGAAGCGACCUCGGCGCUGGACUCGGAAUCUGAAAAGGUUGUCCAGGCGGCACUUGAUGCGGCGGCACGUGGGAGAACGACUAUUGCCGUCGCUCAUCGGCUGAGUACGAUCCAGAAGGCGGAUAUUAUUUAUGUCUUUGAUCAGGGGCGGAUUGUCGAGAGUGGUACGCAUGCUGAGUUGUUGAGGAAUAAGGGGAGGUAUUUUGAGUUGGUUAAUUUGCAGAGUCUUGGGAAGACGCAUUAG